AAAAAAAUAAAAAAUUGCAAUAAAAUGAGUGAAAUAAUUGAUGAAAAACUUAAACGAGAACGUUUUGGUCAACUUUUGGAAAUGAUUGGGGAUGGAUUAUUAGAAUAUAUUGCCCUAUCUGAGUAUUAUUUGGGAAUUGAGCCCAAAGCUAACGAAGACAACAAUAACGAGGGUAAAAACAACACGGAAAAUAAUAAUCCAACACAGUCAAUUACUUCAUUACAACUUCACAAAUUAAACAAAACCAAUUACAAAUCAGAACAACAUUUAUUAUUACAAAACUUGCAACUUUACAAAUUACAAUAUCAGAGAAUGGUCAAAUUGCGAAAAGAUUAUGCUGGGUGGCGUUUAAAAAUGGAGAGAGGUGGGGAAAAAUUUCUUAAAAAGUUUUUUCAAGAAAUUCAGAAAAUUUUUAAAAAAAUUUUUAAAAUUAAAUUUUCCACAUUAAAAAUUUUUUUAUUUUUUAAAAAAUAUUUUUCGUAUUAUAACCUCUCCUUAAUUGCAGUCAUUUUCCUCAUCCUAUCCUUGCGCAACCCAAAACUUUUUUUUCUCCUUGCAUUUUCUGCCUAUUAA